ACCCCAAACCCUGGAUAGGGAGGGCGAGCUAGGAGACGAAAGGAGGAUGGACAUGUCGUGGGUGGGCGAGCUGCGGGCCUUCGUGGAGGCUUGCAAGAAGGACCCGGCGCUGCUCGUCGACCCCAGCCUCGCCUUCUUGCGGGACUACCUCACCAGUCUCGGCGCCGACCUCCCCGCCGCCGCAGCUGCCAAAUCCGGCCCCAAGGUCCCUACCCACCCCACUCCCUUGAUUUCUGUUCCGAUCAACGAGGAGGACGGCACGGACAUGCGGGACCCCACCGUGGAGACCGACGAGCUCGACGCGGACAUCGUCGAGUCCGAUCUCGAGCUGGAGGGGGACGUCGUCCAGCCCGACCACAGCGACGCUCCCCAGAAGAUGGGGGAUCCUUCGUUCGAGGUGACUGAGGAGAGUCGCGAUGCAUCCCAGAAAGAAAAGGGCAUGGCGACGGAGGCAAUAUCAGAAGGGAAACUGCAAGAAGCUGUCGAGCAUCUUACCAAGGCAAUCCUCCUGAAUCCAACCUCUGCAAUGAUGUAUGCUACUAGAGCAUCUGUGUUCAAUAAAAUGAAGAAAUCUGCUGCUGCUACAGGUGAAAACUAUAUCAACCCUGACUCUGCAAAAGGCUACAAGACUCGUGGAAUGGCUAAUUCUAUGCUGGGCAAGUGGGAGGAAGCUGCUCGUGAUCUGCAUGCCGCGUCAAACAUUGAUUACAAUGAUGAGAUCAAAGCUACCCUCAAGAAGGUGGAGCCUAAUGCACACAAGAUAGUGGAGCACCGCAGGAAGUAUGACAGGCUCUGGAAAGAGAGGAAUGACAAGAAAUCUGAGCGUGACCGGCUUCGUCGACGUGCUGAGGCACAGGCUGCUUAUGAGAAGGCAAAGAGGAGCGAGCAGUCACCAAGUGGAGGCAUGCCUUGUGGUUUCCCUGGCGGUGGUAUGCCUGGAGGAAUGCAUGGUGACUUUCUUGGAACUGCCAAGAGGCUGCUGUGUUCCACAGCAUCAGCUGAAUACAUAUCUGAGGUCCUCGAUGACGACAAUAUAAGUUCCUCACAAGUGCCAGCAACCCCGCUGGACAGUGAUGACCUCCUGGAGGUGAUCAUCCUCCACCUCCCUCGUCAGCCGUCCUCCCUCCCCCACGCCUCCCUUGUCUGCAAGCGCUGGCACAGCCUCCUCUCCGAUCAGAAGUUCACAGCAUGCUACCGCAAACACCACCGGAAGGCUCCUCUAUUGGGCUUCUUUGCUGGGUUUGAUGUAACGGGGCUCAACUUCGUUCCUUUCCCCGACACGGAACCCAACAGCAUCCCCAUCCCCACCGAGCGCUUUGCCGUGCCCAAGAGCAGCAGACCCUCCUACUUCUGGAGCUUCUUGGCAGUGGCGGAGCCAGCGUUGAACCAUUGGGUUCAGAUGAACCCAAUGAGAUUCGCUACCUACGUGCAUGUCAUGUACGACAUAUAAGGCUUAACCCCGAUAAAAAAUUA